AACAAACUGGCACAAUGGUCAAAUCAAAAACAAAUAUUUAUUUGAAUCGGACGGUAAUUAUUCAAUAUUAGGGAACAUGUACUCCUUGCAACACCCGCAAACCAAUGAAUGCUUCCUAGACUCUGAAUCAACAGUUGAGGAAGUGGUCAAGUUACUUGAAAAUCUUCGAGUUCCCAAUGAGGAGGAGGCGGAAAUCCAGGAAAAGACUGAACAUGAUCCCAAGAUGGCAAAUAUUAUAGAUGAAAGUUUUAUAAUUACAGAAAGGAAAACUCCAAUUCUUUUCAUUUCCGCACCUAUUUCUCUCAAGGAGAAAUCGAAGCCCAGAACUUUCACUCGUAUAGAUCGAAGUAAGGAUCGGUUUCCUUUUAUGCGCCAGGUCGAAAUGGAUCUCGAUCAGCGCUCAAAAGCUCGCUUAGAAAGGGAACGUGUGGCUCAGAAUUUUCGAAAAUUGGGAAACGCAGAUUAUCGAAAGGGUAACUACGAGAGUGCUGUGAAAAUGUACACCGAAGCCAUUGAAAAUAUCCGGGACAGUCACAUUCUUUACAUAAACCGGGCACUUUGCUUCAUCAAAUCGGGAAAAUUCAAACAAGGCAUAGUCGAUUGCGAUUUUGUUCUGAACAAAUUGGACGAGAAGAAUCUGAGGGCGUGGAUGUAUCGCGCCAUGGCCUACAAAGGCCUUAACGAUGAGUCCAAUUUUGAGAACUGUGUAAAAUAUGCCCGCAAAUUCAAUUCGAAGCAGAUGGAUUUUAUUGAUGAUUUCCUAAGAAAGCUUAAAUAAAAUUUGGGCAUUUUUGGGGAAUGACCAGGCGCAUUUGGGCUUAAUUAUAGUAAAGGUUUCUUUUAAAUCCAUUGGAGUGGAUACCCAUAUAAAAUAUUUCUUUAAUAUAAUAUACAUAAAUCGGCUGUCAAAAACCAUAUUAAAGAAUUACUUAAUA